AUGGAUAGAGGUAAAGUUCUACUUAUUUCCUCAACUCAGGUGGAUGUCAUGAACAUUUUAAUGUCAUUUACCGAAUUAAUUAGGCGAUAUCCCGAAGAAACUACAAUAAAUGAGAGAAUAUUUAAUAUUCUUGCUAAUAUUUGUGAAUCACACGACGGAAAUGCUCACAUAAUCACCACCAAAUAUCCAGAAUUUGUGAAACAUUCUUUGGUGUUUUUGGAAAUGGCUGCGAGUGAAAAUUGUACUGUAACUGCUCUUCACAAGACGAUACUGCUUUUGAAAUGUCUUUCGCACCCCCAUACGACUUCGGCUCUCUUCGGAACCUUCAAGGUGAUGAAUGUUCUGUGCUCCGUGUUCAUGAAGGUCACCGCGGAAUGGGAAAAGACCGGGGCCAAAGAGGAUUUUUUGAAGGAAAUCAUCGAAGCGUUACGAUACUUUUCCGCCCUCAACGGUUACAAAUUUUUUUCCAAUAUGAAGAACAUCGAAGGAGAACACUGCUCAACGUUUCUGAUCAAAGUUUUGCUCCUGUCGCCGAAACAUACAGUGGGCAUCAUUCGAAACUUUUUGGACUUUGAAAAUGAGCGUGAACUGCCGAUUCGGGAGAUAUUUGAUAUCCUCAACAAUAGAUUGUUGAAUUCAGACUUGAGAGCUGAUUCGGUCGUGGUUAUGGAUAAUGCAAGCUACCAUUCAAGGCGCUUAGAGAAGGUACCAACUUCAGCUUGGAGAAAGCAAGAAAUUAUUAACUGGCUGUCAAAUAAAGGUAUUCAGUUUGAGACGGAUUCAGUAAAGAAGGAACUACUAGCCAUAGUAAAACAACAUAAAUCUCGCUUCAUGAAAUAUGCCGUAGAAGAUGUAGCAGAAAAGUAUAAAGUAACUGUGCUGCGCCUACCGCCAUAUCAUUGCGAAUUAAAUCCUAUAGAACUUAUAUGGGCACAAGUUAAAGGAUAUGUUGCAAGGCACAAUACCACAUUUAAAAUGAAAGAUGUCAAGGUAUUGUUUGAUCAAGCCAUUAUGGAAAUCACAUCAGAAAACUGGCAAAAAGCAAUCCAGCAUGUUUUAAAAGAGGAAGAUAAAAUGUGGGAACUGGACAACUUGGUCGAUCAGGUGGUUGACCCUAUAAUUAUAACACCAGGGGAUGAUGACAAAUUAACAUCUGAAUGUGAAAUUUAUAUCGAGAGUCUCUGUGAUAUUGUGGCGUUCCCUUUCGAACAUAAUCUGGAACAACGCAGGCAGUGCAUCAAGGUGUUGCUCAAGGCUAUAGAAACAUUUAACUAUACCUCCGAGAGGGAAAUGAGGUGCCUUUUAUUCAUUGUCAUUAUAUUCGACCGUCGGAAUUGUGCAGAGUUCAUGAAAGAUCAAUUAGACUGCAAUGUUAUUCCAUCUCUGACAAAUAGUCUGCGUCGUGCCUUGGGAAUACCGAAUGAUCCAGAGCUAAAACUUAUGGAUUUUUUUUCACUACUUAAUCGUCUAGGCCGUAGCACAAUAACGUGCGAUGAAUCUGCGACAAAUCAAGUUGACGAGGCUACUUGUCCUGACGAAGAAGAUGAACCUGAAAGUGUCAUACAUGAGCCAUACGUUGAUGGAAUGCAUUAUGUGAUAGUGUAUCUGAGGACAAAACUCAUCGAAGCAGCAACAAACCUGAUCUCAAACUACCGAAAAAUUGAUCCCGCCAAUUCUCAGCUCGGCUCAAAAAAAUUGGUCCUCCUCAUGAUGCAGAGUAUUCUGUAUCUUCCAUACGGGCAUAACUAUCAGAUGAAAAUCGUCUAUCUUUUGAAAAAAAUUCUCAAAUGUCCUGCCUACCUUGCACCUUUGAUCCAGGCCAAUAUCAUUGGGCAAAUUUAUGAAAUAUCGAUAUGUGGAAUACAACCCUCAUUCGAUUUGAUGGUCUACCACUCUCAGGAACAUUGGGCUGAAAAACUCCUACAGUGUUUUUUUUACGUAGCAAAUUCAGAGCCAGCCCACGGAAGUUUCGAGCACGCUUUGAUGAAGGGAGACAAAAAUAUGAGAACCCAGGCGGCUUUGGUCAUUCCAUAUAUAAUGAAUGUGAAAGACUUUCUCCAUUUAAUGGACACAUGUGGAGAACUCAUCAUUCUGGAACUCAUAGAGCAAGAUAACGAAUAUAGGGAGGCAUCUAUCUCAUCGAUUUGCUUCCUAGCUAAGACUAGACUUGGUAUUCCGAAACAUACAGUACAGGAGGUAGAUAUGCUGGGUGACCAGUUGUCAGCAACAACACUAGACACAAGAGAUGCGGGAUUGGCCACCUUCAGGCUUGACGACGGCUCAGUGAUUCAUGCCAGCCAUGAACUCUUGAUGAAAAAAUCAGAGUAUUUUCUUACCCUGUUCAGUGGACGAUUCAGAGAACGCGUCGAGGAUAAAGUGAACCUCCCCGACGUCGACUCUGAAACAUUUCAACGACUCCUAAAUUUGCUUGAGCGCCCAAAAUUCGAAGAGCACGGAGUCGAGGACCUAUUGGACGUUCUCCAACUGUCAGAUCGUUUUCUGCUGACGGAGCUGUACAACUACCUUUGUGAAUGGAUCAGUUGUUAUGUGAUGAAGCCGCACAAUGUGAGCGACCUCUUUCAGUGGUCUCUAGAGACAGGUCUGCAUCAGCUCAGGGGGAAUGCCGUCAGAUUUGUCCUGACUUAUGAUGCCGAUGAGAAUUUGAGAUCGGAAAUGUUUCAGGAGUUAUUCGACCUGAAGCACAGAAAAGUGCUGUCGAAGGAUAUUUCCGAUUUGUUUGGGAAAUAUCUGCAGAGGUGUGACUAGGGUUUGGAACCUGCUGAGCGAGAAGGAUUUUCCGACUCUUCUAAUGGCUGAAUCAAAUUUGAUCAACAAUACUUAAUGUGUCUCUCAACGUGAACGUCAAGUUUACAACGACUGUAUUUGCUUCCAUUCUCUAAAUACGUGGCAAUAUUAUCGCAUCUUGUAAGGUGUAAUUUCAAAUAUAUCUAAUAGUUGAAUAUAAUCCAAGAUCAUCGAGCCAUUUUGCCAGAAUUUAUAUUUCAACAGAAAAUAAUGCAAUAUGUAUUCAUGAUUACUAUCAUAAUGCAUAAUGCAACCCCACAUUUGAGUUGGUGAAGUAUGAAUAUACUUUUAGGUAAAUAUUACUGCCAGAAUA